CUCGUACUCUAUAUGCUAGCGUGAUAAUAGGACCUUCUCUACCCAUCAUGUUCCUACGCUAGAAACGUUGAUUUAGGGAUAAAGUCACCCUUUUGUUCAAAACCACCCACAGCCGGGUGAUCCGCGCCCCGCAUCUGUCGAUGUCGUGAUUUAACGUCCCGAGCACACUAAUUUACUUACACGCAUCCCAUUGCUAGAUUGUAUAUAGCUAUAUUUCCCCUCAUACAUAGCUAUAGGUAUCAAAAGGGUUAUCGUAGUUGUACAGACCUAUCUUGGAUUUCACCCAGGCAGUUCAAAAAAACAAAACAAAAAAUAACAACAUGUCGGAUAAUAAGCAACUGCAUCUGUUCGCAUUCAUGCGACCCGUCAGUCUUCAUACUGGCGCAUGGCGGUAUCCAGGUGCAUACGCAGACGCCAACUUCAACAUAGCCCAUCUCAGAUCGUUUAUCCAAAAGCUAGAAGCAGCCAAGUUUGACGCAUUCUUCAUGGCCGACCACCUUGCUGUCCUGAACAUGCCUAUAGAAGCCCUAAGACGCAGCCAAACCGUCACAUCUUUUGAACCAUUUACGCUGCUCGCAUCACUUUCAGCAGUAACUGAGAGAAUUGGUCUUGCUGCUACUGCUUCUACAACAUAUGAUGAGCCCUACCACGUUGCGCGGCGCUUUGCCUCCCUUGAUCAUCUCAGCGGGGGUCGUGCGGCCUGGAACAUCGUGACGACGUCCAACCCAGAUGCGGCCAAGAACUUUGGUCGUGACGAGCACAUGGACCACUCGGAUCGGUAUAAGCGCGCCAAGGAGUUUUACGACGUCGUGACGGGCCUGUGGGAUAGUUUUGCAGAUGACGCUUUCAUCCGGAAUCAAGAGACUGGCAUAUUCCUCGACCCCGAGAAGAUACACACUCUCAACCACGUGGGAGACGAGCUCAAGAUCAAGGGUCCAUUGAAUAUCGCCCGACCUGUUCAGGGGUGGCCUGUCAUCGUACAGGCUGGACAGUCUGAGCCAGGGCGACAGUUGGCUGGCGAAACAGCCGAGGCAGUCUUCUGCGCACCAGGCAACAUCGAAGCAGCAAAGUCGGUAUAUGCAGACAUCAAGGCACGCGCAGUUGCCGCAGGCAGAAAGAGGGAGCACAUUAACAUCCUACCAGCCGCCUUGGUAAUCAUUGGCGAUACCAUACAAGACGCCAAAGAGAAGAGACUCAAGCUCGACAGCCUCGUCAACUAUGAGAGCUCCAUUGCCAGUUUGUCAAUUGCCCUCGGCACAGAUGCUUCCAAGUUUGACCCGGAUGCGCCUCUGCCUGUCGAUCUGGGCGAGAACAACGCCAGCGUUACAAGCCGAGAGAACGUCGUGAGGGUGGGACAGGAAGAAGGGUUGACUGUGAGGCAGCUAGCCCAGCGAUUUGGAGGAUACGGCGGGUUAGCCUUUGUGGGCACACCAGAGAGCGUUGCCGACGAGUGGGAGCGGUGGCUAAAGGAAGAGGCCUCUGAUGGCUUCGUCGUUACGUUCCCAUAUCUGCCACAGGGAAUAGACGAUGUGGUGGAGAAGCUGGUGCCGGAGCUGCAGCGUCGGGGCAUCUUCCGAAAGGAUUAUGUAGGCAGCACUCUGCGUGAGCAUCUCGGCUUACCAAGGCCAGAGAAUAGGUUCUUUCCGUCUGGAAAUGCUUAAAUUCUGUUCUCGUCCAUACAUGAGAUGUUCACCAGCGCAACUAUCAACGGCAUAGAAGAAACAUUGAUGGCGUGUAAGAUUGUGUCACAUGU